AUGUUCUCGCUUCCGACGACUGUAGCUCUCACUGUCUUGGCUUUCACUGGUUUCGUCCAAGGACAGUUGACAGGAUCGACUGGUCCUACCACGCCGCUCUCUUCUAAAACUGUCACUUGCAGUGUCUUGGACUACGGGGGAUCCGUGGGUAGCAGCGACAUCGGUCCUGCCAUUUUGGAGGCCUUCGAGAAUUGCGUGUUGAAAAACUCCGGUGCCGUUCUCUACGUCCCGGCAGGAAAUUACAACAUGAAAACUUGGGUUACUCUUACGGGAGGAACCAAAUGGGCUUUUAGACUCGAUGGCCUGAUCACACGUGCAUCGACCACAAGUGGAAACAUGUUCGCCAUCGAGAAUGCCGAAGAUUUUGAAAUGUACAGCUCUACCUCCGCAGGUGGGAUCCAAGGACUGGGUUACCAGUGUCGCAAUGCCGGUCCCCGACUUCUUCGUAUCAUCGACUCUACUAACUUUUCUCUUCAUGAUUUGAUCUUCGUCGACUCGCCGGAGUUCCACAUCACCAUCGACGGAGGUUCUAGCGGAGAGCUUUACAACCUUGCCAUCCGAGGGGCUGACAUCGGUGGGAGCGAUGGUGUCGACAUCAGUGGUGACAAUCAUUGGGUUCACGACGUCAUGGUCACAAACAGAGACGAAUGUGUCACUGUGAAGUCGCCUGCGAGUAACUUCCUCAUCGAACAGAUCUGGUGCAAUCAGUCCGGAGGAUGUGCGCUUGGUAGCUUGCCUGUGGACUGUGACAUAUCUAACAUACAAUAUGUGCACGUAUACACGAAUGGAUGCAACCAGGCGAUGAUGAUCAAGAGCAAUGGGGGCUCUGGCUCUGUCAAGAACGUGCUCUUCGAUGAUUUCCUCGUCACGGGCGGUAGUGCAUAUGCUCUAGAUGUGAACCAGUACUGGUCAAGCAUGUCUACUCUCGACGGUGAUGGUGUCUCACUCUCGAAUAUUACCUUCAAGAACUGGGACGGCACAGUUGCUAACGGCGUCAGCCGUCCGCCGGUCCAAUUUCUUUGUGCAGAUGAGGUUCCCUGCACUGACAUGACCCUCAUAGAUGUGUACUUGUGGUCCGAUACUGGAUCUGCGGUGUACAAGUGUGAAUCUGCCUUUGGCACUGGUGCAUGCCUUCACUCUUCCGUUGCAGCCACCAGCUAUGCUGCAACGUCGACCGCAUACAAUAAGCCCAUCAGUAUGACUGCAGUCCCCACUCUUGCCGGAGAUCUCACGGCCGGCUUUGGGUCGACUGCUUCUAUCGCUACGCCCACGAUUCCAUCGACAUACUACCCUGGUCUAGCCCAGAUCACGCCUUUAAUGAAGAACCUGUAG